AUGUGGCAAGUUGUUCUAGGAGCAGCCAUUGCUGGAUCCACUGGUAUUGUAGCCAAACGCUUCUUCAACCCUUUCUCUCGACAUUGUUCCCCUCCCAAGAAUCAAUUGGAAGACGAGGAGCCCGUCACUCCUCCUCCUGUUGGUAUUGGGUUUCUCGAUUCCUCUUGCGACAAAACCGAUGGCGUUUUCCGGUUCUCUAGCUCCGGGUCUACCGUAAACUCAGGGUCCGGAUCCGGGUCUAGGAAGAGCUCAGGGGUGAAAUGCAAGGUUAGGAUUCGCGGAUUGAAGAAGAAUAAGACGAAGAUUAAGAAUGGUGAGUGUCAUGAAAUCGAGAAGCGAUCUGGAAAUGUUACUGCUGUUAAAACGAAGACUGACGUUUGCUUGAAAAAGCCGAGAACUUUGGGUACCGCCUCUGCUUCGAACAGUAAAGAUCAUUCAUCUUUCAGCUCAGCACUUGGUGUCUGCAUGAUGUAUAUGAUGUCAGCAGAAAAACGUGACAUGAGUAAGCUGAAUGCAGCGACGGAAGAAACUGUGAAAGCCAUCAAGGAGCUAAAAGAUGAACUUUCUAGGAUAAAGUCUUUGCAAGGUUUCAAAUUUCCUGGUUGCUCUGAGAAGUCCAGCAGGAAAUCUGGGCAAGUAGAUUUCAGUAGAUCAGAGAUGGCGAGUAGAGAAUCUCUCGACAUUAAGUCCCGGAAUGAUGGAGAGUAUGCGAGUAGUGUCCUAACUGAGGAGCCAGAACAAGAAGCAGUAGAAAUGGAACAGUUAGAGAUGGAACUUGAGUCUGAGCUGCAGAAACUCAACUUGGCUGAGACAAGUGAGGUUAUGGAGGAAUGUAAGGGUCUGGUGAAUGGAUCUGAGUCAUACCAAUGUGGUGGGAUAUCGGCAUCAGAGCUGGACAAGAAACUAAGCCACCUUCUCAUUGAACAACAAGAAGGUCAGAUCAAUGAGCUUGAAGCUGAACUGCAAACUGCACAGUCUAAACUUCAAGAGAAGGAAGCCGAGCUCCAAGCGCUUAAGGUCUGCGUUAGACGCUUGACUGAGUUUCCUCUCUUGGACCGUUCAGAUGAUGAACAUGAACAAGACAUGAACCAGGAUGUCUCAGUCUCAUGGAGUCAGCAUAACCAAACUGAUAACGAGGGAAGAAAGCCGACCAUUGGAAUGAAAAGACCUAUGGAGUCAUCAUCUAUCCAUGUUUAA